UCUUCUUCUUCUUCUAUUUGUCUCUCUUCCCUUAUAGAUUGGGAUUAUCUGUUCUUUUCUUCUGUCUUUCUUGCUGCUCAAUUAAUUGCCUCUGGCGCCAGUCACACCCACUUCUUAGUCCUUUUGGUUUGAGGCGGUACAACCCAUUUCGACCCCCCUCCUCUCCCGAUGUGCUCCUCGCGUUAGGUCCUUCCGCAUCCUCCGCGCUUUUUUGCGACCACAGUCCUCACUCGAUUCUUUUCGGCUCCAUAACUUCCACCGCCACACUUCGCCUGCACCAAGUGUCUCCGUUGGUGCUUAUUGCUGUUCGACCAACAGUUGCCAGGCCCGUCUCGGCUAUCUUGCAAAACUCCUAUGCUUAGCCCCCGCUAUGGAGGGCUUUGAUACUAUGACCAUGCCUUACCUGGCCAGCCCGCUAUCCCUCGGCAAUAUCCAGGGCCCUGAAUACCUCAAUCCAAUACCUGGCAUGGAUAUGCCGGAUCAGCGCUCCAAUUUCGAUUCGGAAACAUUCGUAAGUAGCGACGAUAUAUCUUUUGCACAACACGCUUUGCCUCCAACCCUGAAACGGUUCCCCGCCAGCUAUGAAGACCCUUUCACGGACAUGGUGACCCCGUUUGAACCUGCACCGCCCGAGCAGCCUCCCGAUGCAUCCAUUGAUCAUAACAAUAAGCUGCUGAGCUUCUCCAUGCCUGCGUACAAUUUCACCCUGUUGGAUUACUCAUUGCGGCGUACCUCCAUAUCUCUUUCCGCUCAACUGCAUGGCAUGUUUUUUCUUGCGGAGUCGCCUUGGACAACCUCGCCUACAGAAAACAGUCCGCCCCAGCAAGGAGCAGAGCUUACGUGCUACCGCCGGAAUCUGUUCCAAAUCACGGGCUCGGUUACCCUUCCACGAAGUUUGCGCUACAUAAUGACGGAGCAAGGCGAUCGGAUUCCUAUCCUUGCCCAGGAACUCACCGUGUCCGCUACCGAGUCUGUCGAGGGCAAUUCUGUCAAGAUCAUCUCGGUGCCCUGGAAGACCCCUGCUGUGAACAGCAACCCUACAGCCGAGGAUACCAACCACCCCAGCGGCGGGAGCGGUGGCAGCACUAACAACAAUAACAACACAAACCUCAAAGUCGAAAAGGAGCCCCCUCCGAUUCCGUUAGAUAUCAUGGCUGGCCAAGAUCUCGAUACCGACUACGCUACAUUCCCUAUUGCAUGGAAACGGCUGCAGUUCCGCGUCGCUACUGCAAAUAACGGACGGCGAAAAGAGCUACAGCAGCAUUUCGUCGUUCGACUGAAGGUUGUAGCCACCUUGUCCACUGGAGCUAAGAUACCAAUCUGCGAGGUGCACUCGGGACCCGUAAUCGUGCGAGGACGGAGUCCGCGCAAUUUCCAGUCUCGCAAGGACCUUCCUUUGAGUGGAAGUGCUGCUGCAUCGCGGAAAAGUGCACAGGCCGCUCAAUCGGCUACUGUUACUCGGACUCCCACUAGUGAUUCCGUGCCGCAAUCCAACAUGACGCCAGCCAGGACCAAAGCUACACUUAAAAGUAGCUCCCCGGAGACGGCUGCUUCCCAAGGUGGUGGGGUUCCACAACAAGCUUCUCCGGGUUGGACGCAAAUUCCGCCUCCUAUGGGAUGUGCACUCCCAUCAACCACUUUGCCUCACUCGACUGUAUAUUCACAGUCUAGCCCGGAGUUUUCGCGGCCGGCAGAGUCUCAGCCACAUCCUACCACGGUAGCUGCUCCCAUCAACCUGUCCCUUCUCGAUGAGGAGGGUGGGGAAGUUGAUGACAACCAUGGCGGCGAAUCAGUCCACCCGGCUGGUCCAGCCAGGUCGGCUUCUUCAUACUCAAAUGAUAUCUCGCACGAGAACUUAAAGAUGAAAAAUUCAGCACCGCCGGCGAAGUUGCGCAAGCUAUCUCAUGGCUUGCCUCAAGCGUCAUCGCGAAGCACUGCCUCCUCGGUACCAUUGUUGAACACUACUACCAGCAUGCAGCCUUUCGCUUCAACACUUCCAUUCCCAAAUGAAAGUGCUGAUCUGCUUUACGAAUAUUUCCCCUUGGGCCUGGAUGAUUGGCAAGCACCCGUCGAUGCCGUAUAUCGACCGCAUGUAGUGCAUCAUACCAACCUGCCUGAAGUGAAAUUCGUUACGGCUCGUGGACGAAACAAACGAUAUUUUGCUGCAGAAGAUGUCUUUUGAUGACACAUGCGGGAUAGGCCAGAGAAGGCUGAGAUAAGAGUCUUUGGGCGGGAUCCAUAGGCUGUGAUAACGCUUCCACAUAAGCCAUGUUUCUUGCAAGAGACUUAUAAUACUUUGGGAAUUUCUUAUUAUCUACCCGCCGUGCUAUCCAUUUCCUCGACUCCUACCCCACACAUUUCUCGUCGAGCUGGAUAUAAUUUUCAGGAA